AUGAAUAAGAUUCUUGGAUAUAUCGAGUCAGGUAAAUAGCAAGGAGCAAAAUUGUUAGUUGGAGGUAACAGACAUGGCGACAAGGGUAAUUUCGUUGAGGCAACUAUCUUUGCAGAUGUCUAAGAUAACAUGAAAAUAGCUAGAGAAGAAAUUUUCGGACCAGUUUUAUCAAUUGCCAAGUUCAAAACUAUUGAUGAAGUAAUACAAAGAGCUAAUGAUACACAUUAUGGGCUAGGUGCUGGUAUCCAGACAAAAAAUAUCGAAAAUGCAAUUAAGAUUUCAAAUGGAAUCAGAGCCGGAACUGUUUACGUUAAUUGUUAUUAUGCUUUUGAUCCAGCUGUUCCAUUUGGUGGUUUUAAGGAUUCCGGAGUUGGAAGAGAGUGUGGAGAAGCUGGUCUUAGACCAUAUCUUGAAAGUAAAACAGUCAUUAUUAAGAGACCUGAUGAUUCCCUACCAUGA